AUGGCGUCAUCUUCUUCUUCCCGCAUCCUGUUAUUGCUCAUGCUGUUUCUGACUGCAUCUGCCUCCGAUGAUGCGAUGCGCGAUGAUGAAAGGGCUCCUAAGUCCGAAUCAUGCAAUAACCCCUUCCAAUUGGUUAAGGUGGAAAACUGGGCUGAUGGUGAGAAAGGACUUACUCAUAGCGGUAUGACUGCAAGGUUUGGUUCUUCAUUGCCGGAAAAGGCGGAAAAUAGUGUUAGAACUCCAGCAAUUUUGUCAAAUCCUAGUGAUUGUUGUUCUCCUUUAACUUCUAAGUUAUUUGAGUCUGUUGCUCUGUGUAUUCGCGGUGGUUGUGAUUUUCAAGUUAAAGCUACAUUUGCACAGGCAGGAGGUGCUACUGGUGUAUUGAUUAUUAAUAACGAAGAUGAUCUUGCUGAGAUGGUUUGCUCCAAUAGCACCGUGGCAAACGUUUCAAUUCCUGUUGUGAUGAUAACAAAAUCAGCAGGAGAAGCUCUCAAUGCAUCUUUAGCAUCUGGAAAGAGAGUGGAAGUUUUGUUAUAUGCACCUCCUCGACCGCUUGUAGACUUCUCAGUUGCAUUUUUGUGGUUGGUGGCUGUUGGAACACUUGUAUGUGCUUCUCUAUGGUCAGAUCUUACUACUCCUGAGAAGUCCGGUGAACGCUAUAAUGAAUUGUUUCCCAAGGAAUCUCGAAAUGCUGCAGCAGCAAGAGGUGGUUAUGAUAAGGAAGUUCUUAAGAUUAAUUCAAAGGCUGCUGUCGUAUUUGUCAUAGCAGCAUCUACUUUUCUUGUUCUGUUGUUCUUCUUCAUGUCAGCAUGGUUUAUGUGGGUGCUCAUUGUACUUUUCUGCAUUUCUGGUGUUCAGGGGAUGCACACUUGUAUUACAAGCCUCACUUUAAGGAAAUGGCAAAAUUGUGGUCAGAAGACUGUAAAUGUACCUCUAUUUGGGGAGGUUUCUAUUUUCUCGCUGUUAGUGUUUUUAUUCUGUGUCGCAUUUGCUGUUUUCUGGGCUUCUACUCGACAUGAAUCUUAUUCUUGGAUUGGCCAAGACAUUCUUGGAGUCUGUUUGAUGAUAACAGUCUUGCAGCUGGCUCAAUUACCCAAUAUUAAGGUUGCGACUGUACUCCUCUCUUCUGCUUUUGCCUACGACAUCUUUUGGGUGUUCAUAUCUCCGUUGAUAUUCCAUGAAAGUGUCAUGAUUGCAGUUGCUCGAGGUGACAAGGCUGGUGGUGAAGCAAUUCCCAUGCUUUUGAAAUUUCCUCGUCUUUUUGAUGCCUGGGGUGGUUACGACAUGAUUGGAUUUGGAGAUAUUAUCUUUCCUGGUUUGCUUGUUUCCUUUGCUCAUAGAUUUGACAGAGAUAAUAAGAAGGGAGCAUUAAAUGGAUAUUUUCUUUGGAUGGUAAUUGGCUAUGGCAUUGGCCUCGUUUUCACAUAUUUGGGGCUAUAUCUGAUGGACGGAAAUGGACAACCUGCACUCCUCUACCUUGUUCCAUGUACUCUAGGCGUCAUUAUCGUACUUGGACUUAUAAGAGGCGAGCUGAAGAGCCUUUGGGAUUAUGGCACUGACUCGUCCUUGUCCACAGAACCUUCAUAUUCAGAAGUUUAA